AUGUUCUCAUUUGUGGCGCACCUGGCGCGGACUAACCCUUUCCACGCACCACACCUGCAGCAGGUGCUCAAUGGCCCCGCAGAGACCCACAGCAGCCCCGGCCUGCCCUGCCGCACCCGCACCCGCACCCGCACCCGCACCCUGGCAGUCACCGCUGUAGAAGAAUACCGUUGUGAAUAUGGCUCCAUGAAGUUUUAUGCAUUGUGUGGCUUUGGUGGGCUCUUGAGUUGUGGGCUGACCCACACUGCUGUGGUUCCUCUGGAUUUUGUGAAAUGCCGAAUGCAGGUGGACGCCCCAAAAUGCAAGGGCAUAUUUAAUGGAUUCUCAGUUACACUUGAAGAGGAUGGUGUUCGAGGCUUGGCUAAAGAAUGGGCUCUGACUUUCAUUGGCUACUCCAUGCAGGUUUGCAAGUUCGGCUUUUAUGAAGUUUUCAAAGUACUUUACAGCAAUAUGCUUGGCGAUGAGAACAGCUAUCCGUGGCGCACAUCACUGUAUUUGGCUUCCUCUGCCGGUGCUGAAUUCUUUGCUGACAUAGCUCUGGCUCCCAUGGAAGCUGCUAAGGUUCGAAUUCAGACCCAACCUGGUUAUGCCAACACUUUGAGGGAUGCGACUCCCAAAAUGUUUAAAGAAGAAGGCUUAUUAUAUGCAUUCUACAAGGGGGUUGCUCCAUACACCAUGAUGAAGUUUGCCUGCUUCGAACGGACUGUUGAAGCAAUAUACAAGUUUGUGGUUCCCAAGCGAAGUGAAUGUUCGAAGGGAGAACAGCUUGCUGUAACAUUCGUGGCUGGUUAUAUAGCUGGCAUCUUUUGUGCAAUUGUUUCCCACCUUGUGGAUUCUGUGGUGUCUGUGUUGAACAAGGAGAAAGGUAGCACUGCUUCUCAGGUCCUCCUGAGACUUGGAUUUAAAGGUGUAUGGAAGGGACUGUUUGCCCGUAUCAUCAUGAUCGGAGUUCUGACUGCUCUACCGUUGUUCAUCUAUGACUCCGUUAAGGUCUACUUCAGACUCCCUUGUCCUCCUCCACCUGAGAUGCCAGAGUCUCUGAAGAAGAAGCUUGGGUUAACUCAGUAGUUGAUCAAACAAAAGAGGACUGAAUCUG